GGAGAACCGCACGACGCCGCCGCCUAUGAGCACCUUUUCCGCACCACGACCACCAGCCCGACCACGCGUUCCCGCACACUAGUUCCCGCACAUUCGCACAUUUCCCUUUGAGGUGGCGGACGUCGGACGAUUGGAGCGGCAACUUGCCAUUUUUCUUUUUUAAUUAGAAUCGUUUUUCCUGCUUUUUUUUUCUUUUUCUUUUUUUUACGAUUUUUGUUUGACUGAGAAGAACCCACUGAAGCCGCUUGCGUGAGGUUUCCGAGACACAGGAGCGGAGACCACCGAAGUAGGCGUCGGCGCGGCCCGUGCACCGCCAAGGACAAAAGGAGUCCGGCGCUGUUCAUUGCAACAGAUUCUUCCCGGUUCCCAGCAUGAAGAAAGCCGAAAUGGGAAGGUUCAACAUUUCCCCGGAUGAGGACAGCAGCAGCUACAGCUCCAACAGUGAUUUCACCUACACUUAUCCCACCAAGCAAGCUGCUCUGAAAAGUCAUUAUGCAGAUGUAGAUCCUGAAAACCAGAACUUUUUACUUGAAUCAAAUUUGGGGAAGAAGAAAUACGAAACAGACUUUCAUCCAGGUACUACUUCCUUUGGAAUGUCAGUAUUUAAUCUGAGCAAUGCGAUUGUGGGCAGUGGAAUCCUUGGGCUUUCUUAUGCCAUGGCUAAUACUGGAAUUGCUCUUUUUAUAAUUCUCUUGACAUUUGUGUCAAUAUUUUCCUUAUAUUCUGUUCAUCUCCUUUUGAAGACUGCCAAUGAAGGAGGGUCUUUAUUAUAUGAACAAUUGGGGCAGAAGGCAUUUGGAUUGGUUGGAAAACUUGCUGCUUCUGGAUCAGUUACAAUGCAGAACAUUGGAGCUAUGUCAAGCUACCUCUUCAUAGUGAAAUAUGAGUUACCUUUGGUGAUCAAGGCAUUAAUGAACAUUGAAGAUACAACUGGAUUGUGGUAUCUGAAUGGUGAUUAUUUGGUUCUACUGGUGUCACUGUUGCUCAUUCUUCCCUUGUCGCUGCUGAGAAAUUUAGGAUAUUUAGGAUAUACCAGUGGCCUUUCCUUGUUGUGUAUGGUGUUCUUUCUGAUUGUGGUGAUCUGCAAGAAAUUUCAAAUUCCUUGUCCUGUGGAACUUGAUUUAAUAAUAAGUGAAACAAUAAACAGCACCUUAACACAUCCAACAACUUUUGCACCUGAUAUGGUAUUUAACUUGACUGAAGAUGAUUCUUGCAGACCACAUUAUUUUGUCUUCAACUCCCAGACCGUCUAUGCUGUGCCAAUUCUGACCUUUUCAUUUGUCUGCCAUCCUGCCAUUCUUCCCAUUUAUGAAGAGCUGAAAGGCCGCAGCCGUAAAAGAAUGAUGGAUGUGUCCAAGAUUUCAUUUUUUGCCAUGUUUCUCAUGUACCUGCUUGCUGCCCUCUUUGGAUACCUGACAUUUUAUGAACAUGUUGAGUCAGAAUUGCUUCACACCUAUUCUGCUGUUGUGGGAACUGAUAUUCUUCUUCUCAUUGUUCGUUUGGCUGUGUUGGUGGCUGUCACCCUGACAGUACCAGUAGUUAUUUUCCCAAUCCGGAGUUCUGUAACUCAGUUGUUGUGUGCAGCAAAAGAUUUCAGUUGGUGGCGUCAUAGUCUCAUUACAGUGUUGCUGUUGGCAUUUACCAAUUUGCUUGUCAUCUUUGUUCCAACUAUUAGGGAUAUCUUUGGUUUCAUUGGUGCAUCUGCAGCUGCUAUGUUGAUUUUUAUUCUUCCAUCUGCCUUUUAUAUCAAGUUAGUGAAGAAAGAACCAAUGAAAUCUGUACAAAAGAUUGGGGCUCUCAUUUUCCUGUUGAGUGGCGUAGUGGUGAUGAUUGGAAGCAUGGCCUUGAUUAUUUUGGAUUGGGUACACAUCGCCCCUGGAGGUGGCCAUUAACUGGCACUACUUCAACUCCAAUAGUCCAUUUGAUGCCAGUGUUGAGUCAACUCUCAACUACUAUAAAAUUUCAUCUAAUUUUUCAAUUUCACUUCCUUUUGAAGUGCAGAUUCCUCGCCGGUUCUUCUGAGUGCAGAAUAAGUGAACUUUUUUUUUUUUUUUAAAGAAAUUAUUCUGUAUGAUAGAAACAGAUAUUAACAACAAAACCACGAGUCUCGGGUUAAGGGAAGUGACAAUUUUAUUCCAUUCCAGAGAAUGGACGAACUCUUAACUUUUAUCAAGCCACAUGUUUGGCUGUGUCAUUGUUUAACUUGGAUAUUUUAUUAUUUUACUUGAAUGUGCCUAAUGGAACCAUUCGUUGUGAGAAACAAUUCUUAAUUUACAGCAAAGUAUUGAAAUAACCGUUAAGAAAACACUAUUAUUUUUUGUACCAAAAAUACUUAAUAGACCUCAAAGCACUAUUUUACUUUUAAGAAAUUGCUUUUUUUGAACUUUAUCCAGAAGUGGUUGUCAAUAAAUUCCUUUAAAAUUUUCAUUGAUAUUUAAAACUGAAAAUUAGUAUUAUGAAAUGAUUUGCCUUUUUGUAGGCAUAAUAAGCCAAAUACUUUUUUACCCAAAAUAAUUUUUAGAGAAAGUGAUGUAAUGAAAAAUUAAACCAUUGAAUAGGAGCAUAGUUUUCCAUUUAGAAUUUCACCAUUACUUAAAGAAUAAUUUAAGGAUUACUACUAUACCAAAUCAGAUGAACUCGGUUCAUCACUUUUCUUCUCUGUCCCCAAAUAAUCCGGUUCAUUAAGACUGAAAUGUUUAUGGCUUCAUCCUAUUAGAAUGGAAGAGAAUAUACACAUAUCUGUGGGAAAUAAAGUGACUCAUUUUGAGGUACCAAAUAGUGCAAUUGGGUAAAACAGGGUUUAUUCAGUUGCAUCUGCCUCCAGAGUUGUACUGGCAGCUCUGGUCUCUUUUUGGGCCAGCCCUUUUUUUGACAUUGCUUCUAGCAAUGGAAAAUGGGUGUUUAAUGGCUGUUAGCCGAAACUAUUCUGUCCAGAUUACAACUUUUCAAAAUGCUCAUCUGCUACUGGAAGUAGGAAUUACUUGAUUAUGUAUGGCUUAGUUACGUUCAUGUUUUGUCUACAGUAGAGGUCUAAUCCACAGGUUACACCAAUAUUAGGUAUGAGUUUUCUUUAUAUAAGCCACUGGGUUCAUGCAGUAGGCUUUUUUAAAAGAAAAAAAACUCAUGCACUGGAUUGUCAUCUCAUUCUUGUACAACUUAGAAUUAUUUGUUUACAUCCAACAAAUGGUUAGCUAGGAAAAACAGUGCAACAUAAGUGUAAGUAAUUGUUUUAGUCCAACUGCAUGUUCACCCUUCCAUUUCAAUCCCAGUUAGAAGUGAAGACAUUACUUUUAAACUUGGCUUUAAGAGCACAUUUAUUGUACAUUAUGGUGUAUGGUGAAUAUAUCAUUAAAUAAUGAGGUACUUUGCUCAUCAAGCAUAAUGUCUAAAACCCAAUAUACAUAAUUCCAUUAGCGGUUGAGGGAAGCAAAUGGAAUCAUCAAUUGGUUAUCUGGCUCUGAGGUUCUCUCUUGAACUAAACUUUUUUUUAGCAAGAGUCAGUACUGUGGGAGACAUGGUUUAUGUUACACAUUCUUGUAUCAUAUGUGACUAAAUUACAGACGGUAUGUCUGUAAUCAAAGACCCUUAUGGAACUGGAAGACAUCUUGUAGUGCUACAUUGGGUGAAACCAAUGGUCCAUUUUUGUUUAUUUCCAUGAAAAACACAGUCGGGGACCAUCAAGAAAAGGCAGUGAGAAGAUGGAUUCUACAGCACUGCUUUCAUUUAAUUGGGCUUUUGGCACUCCAUUUGAAUUCAGAACCUCAACUCUAGUUCAGACCAAGAAUUGGCAUUUCUGCUUGAGUUCCUGAAAAGAAUUGCUGAUUUUUUUUAAGACUUGCAAGGGAAACCAAGUAUACUUCACAUCCUUUCAUAUGGGAGAAAAUACCAUUUAAUGGCAACCUGGAAGAAAAGGGGGAAAAAAUCUUCAGAGGCUUCUCUGAUGCUCUUCGGCCGUUUGAAGUUCAAAUUCAACUGUUUAGUGUAAAUUCCAAUGCAUAAUUUUCUUGGAUCUGUCUUAGCUGCCUUGAGGUUCCUAAAGUAAUGAAUUCCCAUUAAUGAGCAGUCUACAGUAUUAGAACCACUGUCUUGUCACCUCAUUUUGCAUUACUGUCUUCCGUGGGUGUUUCUCUUAUAACUGUAAUGUUAUUUAUAGAACAGCAUUAAUCCAUUAAAAGCUAACCUAUUUUUCAAUAUUUAUGGUAAUCUAUGUACAUACAUUGUCUGUCCAUAUGUAUUUGUAAAUAGGUUGUAUAUAAUGUCAGGUUUGGGUCUUGGGUUUACGUGUAUAUAUAUUCCUGUAAGCUUAACUGCAUUUUGAUGAAUUCAUGCUAUGUAUCUAUAAAAAAUUGUCCCAAAAGUUACCUGUGCAGAGAAACAAUUUGUAUGAACAAAAUGGCAAAUUGUGUUCAAACAUGAGAAUGUUAAGGCAUUUGUGCAGAUUGUAUUUUUAAUAAACUGGUUGAACAUAAAAGUUUAUCAUGAAAACUUGGUGCAAAUUCAGAUUACAUUUAAGUUUUAAAUAAGGUCUAACUUUUCUAAAUGCAGUGGUUACCAAAAUGUGAUGUGUAAUGAAAGACUUGAGAAACCUGGGUGUGUUAACUUUCUGUAUAUAAUGUAAAUAUCCCCCACUAUACUGUUAGAGGCCAACAAUUCCAGUAUGGCUUGUUGGCAGAGUGCUACACCAUUUCAGUGAAACAAAAUGUUUGUUUUAACUGAACUAAAAUAAACAUGCUUAAUCCUGA